AUGUCAGCACUUCCUGUUAAUAUUCCACCGGACACCGUCAAGCUGCGCCUGGAGAAGACCUUGAUCUCCAGAGUGCCCCGGGCAGCCUUCUACAACCUGUCAGAGCUGUGGUUCUUAUGGCUGACCUACAACUCCAUCACCUCUGUCCACCCCAGCAGCUUCGUCAACCUGAAGGCCCUGCGGGAGCUGCAUCUGGACGGGAACCUGCUGACCACCUUUCCCUGGGAGGGGCUCCGGGAUAUGCCCCGCCUCCAAACAUUGGGGCUCAAUAACAACCGCCUAUCCAGCCUUCCAGCACAUGCCGCCCUCUUCCUGCCCAACAUCACCUACCUGGACCUGUCCAGCAACAGGCUGACCAUUCUACCAGCUGAGCUCCUGGAUCUGUGGUUCCCACUUCCAGAACUACAGGAGGGCCCAGUUCAAAGGAAAAUCCUGGGUCUUCAUGACAACCCCUGGCUGUGCGACUGCCAGAUCUCAAUGCUGACAUCCCUAUCCAAGUCCCUGGGAAGUCCAGUGGUUCUGAUGGAUCAGCUGCUGAUGUGCAGUAAGUCAGUGGGUCGUUCUGGGAUGCUGCUGACCCAGGCCGAGCUCACUCGCUGUAUGAGACCCUCGGUCCAGCCUGCAGCCACCAGGGUCAUCUCUCCACUAGGCAGCAACGUAAUCCUCCGCUGCGACGCCAGUGGGUACCCAACUCCAACCCUGACCUGGAUCAAAACCUCAGCCUACGCCGUCAUUCAGGAAUCUCCUCGAGUUGGAGUCCGUUGGUCCAUAAUCAGCUUGAACGGUUUGUCGUAUGAGGACGCCGGUGAAUACCGCUGCCAGGCCCGAAACAUGGCGGGAAUAUCCGAGGCACUGAUCAAACUCAAGGUCAUGGGGGUCUCAAGACUGACUCGCUUUCCAAAGAAAAAGCCCAAAAAGACCCUGGUCAAGUCCUCGCCAAAGUACAGAAAACCAAACCAAACGUCAGCCAGCACCAACACACUCACUGAGAAGGAGAGUCCGUUCAUCACAAGCCUCUUCACGGCUUUGAAGAACCGGGUUCAGAAAGCUUGA